CCUUUUCAUUUUUUUUUUUUUUUUUUUAAUCAAUCAUGCAGAAUGCCUUUCCUCUGGUGUUGCACUCGAGUCUCACCAGGACUGACGGUCAGAUGGAUGCUUGGAGUAUCGUACCUCGCCUAUUCGACCAGCGUUUCAAGGGCCCAAAGCGCGCUCCCAUCCCGCGAACCAGCGCCUUCGAUUCACACAUCGGCAGGAGACCAUGUCCCUACCCAAGGACUCGAAAUUUGUAGGCUCCACGUGGGUACCCUGGGGUAAGGGCGAGGUUAGCCGCUCUGUGGGGUCAAGGUCAAUCUUCAAAAGGCAUGUUGCAGACAUGCGCUCAAUAUCGCUCGCUCGCAUUGUUCGGUUAGCGAGGCGGGAGACCUGGGCACGGCAUGCAACUUUUCCCUUUGUUCCUGGCUUUUGACACCAGUGAAACUUAAUAUGACACACAUUCGACAAUGUGGAGACCUAAGUCGCAAUGACCAGGGAAGCGACCAAGCUCUGACACGGACAUCCAUGAGUACCUUUUGCGUCUUUGGUAUGAAAAAAUCGGCACCGGUUUCAGUUGGAGUUUUCGAAGCAUCAUCACUGGGACACACUUGUCGCUACUGAAGAAAGUUGUGCC